AUGCAGAAUCGCAGGGAACCCCAACGGCGAUCUCCGGUUACUUCCACGAGCUCCACUUUACAUCGAACUACAGGCAAAUCGCGAGCCAAACCCUCAGCACAUCGCUUGACAUUCAUUGAUAGCCACCAAAGUGUUCGCAAGCUAAGCGCCGAAAAUGCAGCAAAGCAUCGCCAUGCAAUCUUUACGGAAGCCGAGCGUCGUCAUAUGAGCGAGGAACUUAUUGAUUCUGUAUAUGGCCGAGAUCCUGACCAAGCUUUACUAGACCUGGAAAGAUUCGAGCUCAACACAAAUGCUAUUGCGUCAUUCUCUCUCUUCCGCGGUCCUUUCGGGGUUUCAAAACUCGCCCAAUCGCUGGAGACAGAAAACACAAGCCCCGAGGAAGAGGAGGUAGCAAUACUUCCGAUUGAAGACUGGCUUAUAGAGCCAAAUUCCUUAUUGCCUACAGCAGUGGAGGCGGGCUACUCCGGCCUUUUCCAUGGCUUCCAUGAUGUCCUUGACGACGACUCAAUAUCAUGGGACCUAAUAUCAUCAGAAAUUAAUGAGAGCGAGGAGUCUUUUCGGUCGCCGCAACCGCCGUUGGAACUCCUCCCCAUAAGUCUCAAUGGAAAUACGGAGGCAUGGUCGCUUCUAUCGCACUACAGAGAUAGAGUUGUUCCUUUGAUAUCGCCAUUCGAGCAUGGCCAAGAGGUCCCGUGGAAAAACCUAGUUGUGCCUUGUGCAGUCAGCACACUCGGAGAGACGAUAAUGAGUGGCACUGCCUCUCACGCACGUCUCGCGCUAUUGAAUUCCCUUUUGAGCGCGAGCUCAUUUCAUCUGGGUCAGCAUUCAGCAACGUGCAUUGAUCACUGGACCGAAACCGGGAAUUCCUAUUUGAAGCUUGCUCAGCACCAUUUGAUCCAAUGUGUCGAGGAAGCAAAUAUGUCUCCGCCAAGACAGAGCAAGUAUAAGGAAGUGUUGAUGGCAUUACUAAGCCUUUCUACUGCCUACAUGAUAAAGGGAGACUCAGAGAAGCGAAUAUCAUGCUUGAUUCAAGCAGAAAGAUUUAUCAGUGUCAAUGGCUUCACGCAGACUACUGUUUCUUCUAAACGAAGAGCCCUGCACCACUGUUAUGCGUAUAUGCGCAUAAUGGCCGAAACAACAAGUAUUGACAGCUUAUGUGCAAAUAUGGCCAACACCAACAUAUCAGACAAAGACUCGCCCCAAGCAGCCUUUCGAAUCUAUCCUGGCGUUACGUUCUCAGGCGACAUCAUGGCCAUGGAAAAGGACCCCAAUGUAGCACAGCGUGAUCUCCAUCUAGCGAUUCCAGGUCGAUGGAGCUUGACUCUCUUUCCUAAGAUGUAUGGAGUUACUGAGAGCUUUUUAAUGCUUCUCUCGCAGGUGAUCCGUCUUGCCAAUGAAAGAGACCUAUCUAUGACCGAGGAUAGAACAGGGGGACUGGAGCUGAAGGAAUUUUGGAUUCGAGCAAAAGUGUUGGAGAAGGGUAUACAUCUCCUUGUCUCAUCAUGUCGAACAGGUAGUAUAAUAGUCGACAGUUUCGGGGGGGAGAGUCAAUUUGAAAGCGCACGGGCACAGGCAAUGUACACUGCCCUACUGGUCUACUUUCAUCGUCGCAUAUACGACCUCGAUGCAACUCUCUUACAAAAAGAGGUCGACGCGGUGAAGGAUUCCUUGACAAGAGCCCAAGAGGCGGCAGAUCGCCAUUAUGGAAGCACAGCUACUCUGAUAUGGCCUGCUUUCAUUGCCGCAUGUGAAGCCGUCGGCCCAGAAUCGGAGUUGUUCUUUUCCUCGUGGUUCGAUUCCUGUUACACAGCAACUGGGCUCAGAGAUGUGUCACUCGCAAAGCAGGUUUUUGAAAUGAUAUGGACUAGGAGAAGAGAGACUGGUCUUGAUGGAUGCAGCUGGCCAGAAAUUUUGCGAACCAAGAAGAUACGGCUGAUGUUUAUAUGA